AUGAGCCUGGCUGGGAGAGCUGGACGAGCCUGGACUCGACAAUGGCUGGCGCCGCCGCGGAGUCGGGCGCUCGGCUGGAAUAGCAGCAGCUACAAUAUCGCCAUCAAGCUGUCGAGUCGAUUUCGCGGGUAUGCCUCGCAGGCCAAGCCGACGCCUGCACAGCUCGAAGCGCGGAUUGCGGCGAUCCCGAUUGAGCGGUACCGAAACUUUUGCAUUGUGGCGCAUAUUGACCAUGGCAAGAGCACGCUGAGCGAUCGGCUGCUGGAGCUGACGGGCACGAUUUCGGCGAGCGAUGCGAACAAGCAGAUUCUCGACAAACUCGACGUCGAGCGCGAGCGCGGCAUCACGGUCAAGGCCCAGACAUGCACCAUGAUCUACAAGCACAACGGCCUCGACUACCUGCUGCAUCUCGUCGACACGCCCGGCCACGUCGACUUCCGCGCCGAAGUCACCCGUUCCUACGCCAGCUGCGGCGGCGCUUUGUUACUUAUCGACGCCAGCCAGGGCAUCCAGGCGCAGACCGUGUCCAACUUCCACCUCGCGUUUGCGCAGGACCUGGCGCUGGUGCCCGUCAUAAACAAGAUUGAUAUGCCGUCGGCGGAUGUGCCCCGCGUGUUGGAUCAGAUGGAGACGAGCUUUGAGUUGGACCCCAAGACGGCGAUUAUGGUGAGCGCGAAGACGGGCAAGGGCGUUGGGAAUCUCUUGCCGGCUGUGGUGGAGGGGAUUCCGCAUCCUAUUGGCGAUGAGAAUAAGCCGUUGAAGAUGCUUCUGGUUGAUUCUUGGUAUGAUACCUUCAAGGGCGUGGUUCUUCUUGUCCGACUGUUUGAUGGAACUAUCAAGGCUGGCGACAAUGUGAUAUCCUUGGGUACGGGCAUGAAGUAUACGGUCGGCCAGGUUGGCAUUCAAUACCCCAAUGCGACACCACAGUCUGUUCUUCGUGCGGGCCAAGUUGGCUACGUAUACUUUAACCCGGGCAUGAAGAGGAUCCAAGACGCCAAGCUGGGAGACACCUUCACCACAGUAGGCGAGGAAGAAACCGUCGAGCCGUGUCCGGGUUUCGAAGAACCGAAGCCUAUGGUAUUCGUUGCCGCCUUUCCUACCGACCAGAGCGACUACCACCGUCUGGCUGAUAGUAUGAACCAACUUGUGCUCAACGAUCGCAGCGUGACGCUGCAAAAGGACUUUUCUGAAGCUCUUGGUUCCGGAUGGCGUCUUGGAUUCCUGGGCAGUCUUCACUGCUCCGUCUUUCAGGACCGCCUGAGGCAGGAGCACGGCCGCAACAUAAUCAUCACGGAGCCUACUGUGCCGACGAAGAUUGUGUACGCGGAUGAGUCGGAGGAGGUUGUGCAGAACCCGGCUUUGUUUCCCGAUAUGAGCGAUCAUAAGAUUAGAUCUGCGACCUUGUUCGAACCCUUCGUCAAGGCGACAAUUACGGUUCCUGAGGAGUAUCUCGGCCGAGUCAUUGAGCUCUGCGAAGGCAACCGCGGCGAGCAGCAGAGCUUGGAGUUUUUCCACACGGACCAAGUUAUCUUGACGUACGAUGUUCCUGCCUCGCAGCUUGUUGAUGACUUGUUUGGAAAACUCAAGGGCGUGUCAAAGGGCUAUGCGACUCUCGAUUACGAAGACGCUGGAUGGCGCCAGAGUAAGCUUGUGAAGCUGCAGCUGCUUGUCAACAGGCAGCCUGUGGAUGCUAUUUGCCGAGUGGUGCAUUCGACGCAGGUAGACCGCCUGGGCCGACAGUGGGUCACCAAGUUCAAAGAGCACGUCGAUCGACAAAUGUUUGAGGUCGUCAUUCAAGCCAUCGUGGGCAACAAGGUGAUUGCCCGAGAAACCAUCAAGCCGUUCCGAAAAGACGUGCUGGCGAAGCUGCAUGCCAGUGAUAUCACCAGACGGAGGAAGUUGUUGGAGAAGCAAAAGGAGGGAAGAAAGAGACUUCGAGCGGUGGGCAAUGUGAUUAUCGACCAGUCGGCGUUUCAGAGCUUCUUGUCGAAAUAA